AUGAUAAUUUCUGUGAAAACUACAAACCUGCAGAUGAAAUGGCUAUUAAUGUUCAUGUUUUCAUUCACUGUCAAUGCUAAAAGUAUAAAGGAAUCAAAACCCCCAAUAAUAGAGUACAAACCUUUUAUUGUGUACUGGAAUGCUCCUACAACACAAUGCAAGAAGCGUUUUGGUGUGGAUCUAAAUCUCCAAGCUUUUGACAUUGUGGCUAACCCUGAUGAGACAUUAAAUGGGCCCCAAGUGACCAUGUUUUAUGGAAAAAAAUUAGGCAAUUAUCCUUACAUUGAUGAAAAAGGAUUGAUCAUCAACGGAGGAAUACCUCAGAAUGAGAACCUUCCUAAGCACCUUGAAAAAAGCAAGGAAGACAUCAAGAAUGUCAUUCAGUCAGGAAAAUUCCAAGGACUUGCUGUUAUUGACUGGGAAGAGUGGAGACCUCAGUGGGAAAGGAAUUGGGGUUCUAAAAAAGUGUAUAGAACCCAGGCCUUAAACCAUGUUAAAAAUAACCACAAGGAUUUGUCAGAAGACAAAAUUCAGAAAAUAGCAAAACAAGAAUAUGAAAGCGCUGCCAAGAAUUUUAUGAAUUCAACUCUCCGAUUGGGGUUAAGAAUCAGACCACAAGGGCAUUGGGGUUUUUACCUUUACCCAGAAUGUUACAAUUACGAUUACAAACAGACCCCACUCACAUAUACUGGGAAAUGUCCAGAAAUUGAAAUUUUCCGCAAUAAUGGCCUCCGGUGGCUAUGGCAAGAAAGUACUGCUCUUUACCCUUCUAUUUAUUUGCAAUCUAUGUUGAAGGAUAGUAUAUAUACCCAGAAAUUUGUUCACUAUCGGGUCAAAGAAGCAAUGAGAAUUUCCCGACUGGCUAGGAGUGACUAUGCUUUGCCUGUUUUUGUUUAUACUAGGUUAUUUUAUACCUAUGGUAAUGAGCCCUUGACUAAGAAUGAUUUGUUGUACACCAUUGGCGAGAGUGCUGCAAUGGGGGCAGCAGGUGUGGUAAUAUGGGGAGGAUCAGACUAUUCUGGUUCAAAAAACAAUUGCUUAACUGUGCAGAAAUUCGUUAAUGGAGUUUUUGGUCAUUAUAUCGUCAAUGUGACAGCAGCUACCCAACGCUGCAGUAAAAUUCUUUGUAACAACAAUGGGCGAUGUGUUCGGAGAGAAAUUGACUCAUCCACUUAUCUGCAUAUGCCCAUUGGCAGCAUUAUGAGGCAUAAGUUAAAGAAGGGGCUGAAGUUUUUCCCUUCUCAAAGAGCUUCAAAAGAGGACACACAAUAUAUGAAGAAUGAAUUUGUGUGUCAGUGUUAUACUCACUGGAAUGGAAAAUUCUGUUCAUGGAAAGAAACCCACCACUCUGGAUCAAGGAAAAGAAUUCUGUUCUCUGAAGCAAAUAUCCUCCUCACUUUAAUUUUAAUAUUGCCUGUGACGCUUCUGAUUCUUUUUUAUCCUACUAUAAUCUAA